AAACUGAUGAUGGGGAUGUGCAUGGAACAACACAAAAACAAAAGUGAAAAUGGAGUUAGUUCUAAACAGCACAACAAUUGGAGUUGGAGUUGUUUCUCUGAUCCUCCUCUUGUACUUGUUUUUGCGUGGUGGUUCAUGGAAGAGUGGGGAAGAGGGUCCUCCAACAGUUGCAGGUGCAUGGCCAAUAAUUGGUCACCUCCCAUUGUUGCUUGGUUCAAAGACACCUCAUAAAACAUUGGGUGACUUGGCUGACAAGUAUGGACCCAUAUUCUCGAUCAAGAUUGGUGCCAAAAACGCAGUGGUUGUUAGCAACUGGGAAAUGGCUAAAGAAUGCUACACCACAAACGACAUCGCCGUUUCCUCCCUCCCCGAUCUUAUCUCCGCUAACCUCUUGUGCUACAACCGAUCCAUGAUAGUCGUAGCACCCUACGGUCCCUAUUGGCGCCAACUUCGAAAGAUUUUAAUGUCUGAGUUCCUAUCUCCUUCCCGAGUAGAGCAACUACACCAUGUUCGCGUCUCUGAAGUUCAAAGUUCCAUAACGGAGCUCUUCCGUGAUUGGCGUAGCAAUAAGAAUGUCCAGUCUGGCUUUGCCACUGUGGAGUUGAAGCAAUGGUUCUCUCUUCUUGUCUUCAACAUGAUUCUGCGGAUGGUCUGUGGGAAGCGCUAUUUCAGCGCUUCUACUUCGGAUGAUGAGAAGGCAAACAGAUGCGUUAAGGCUGUGGAUGAGUUCGUGCGUCUCGCCGCCACCUUCACCGUGGGAGAUGCCAUUCCUUAUCUUAGAUGGUUUGACUUUGGUGGCUAUGAGAAUGAUAUGAGAGAAACUGGGAAGGAAUUGGACGAGAUUAUUGGCGAGUGGUUAGAUGAGCAUCGACAAAAAAGAAAAAUGGGUGAGAACGUUCAAGACCUCAUGAGCGUGUUGCUUUCCUUGCUUGAAGGAAAAACUAUUGAGGGCAUGAAUGUUGAUAUUGUCAUCAAAUCCUUUGUAUUGACAGUAAUUCAAGCAGGAACUGAGGCAAGCAUUACUACUCUUAUAUGGGCAACAAGUUUGAUAUUGAAUAAUCCUAGUGUACUAGAAAAACUUAAAGCAGAACUAGACAUCCAAGUUGGAAAAGAGAGAUACAUAUGUGAGUCUGAUUUAAGUAAGUUAACAUAUCUUCAAGCUGUAGUCAAAGAAACUUUAAGAUUGUACCCUCCAGCUCCUCUCUCAAGACCUCGUGAGUUUGAAGAGGAUUGCACUAUAGGUGGCUACACUGUCAAAAAGGGAACUCGUCUAAUUACAAAUCUUUCCAAGAUCCACACAGAUCAUAACGUUUGGUCAAAUCCAUUAGAGUUUAAACCAGAAAGGUUCCUUACGACUGAUAAAGAUAUAGACAUGAAGGGUCAACAUUUUCAGCUAUUACCAUUUGGAGGUGGUAGGAGGAUUUGUCCUGGAAUAAACUUAGGCCUUCAAACAGUUCGUUUGACACUUGCUAGUUUUUUGCAUUCCUUUGAAAUCUUAAAUCCAUCAACUGAGCCUCUUGAUAUGACUGAAGUCUUUAGAGCAACCAACACUAAAGCCACUCCACUUGAGAUUCUUAUUAAACCACGUCUAUCUCCUAGUUGUUAUGAAAGUAUCUAAUAUUUAAUUAUGUGUUAGUUGUGUGAACCUGCUGUCUGUAUUUUUUAUUUCUAAACUAUAUGUAAUCUGUUUUAAAAUAAGCCUGGUUUGCCUUGUAAGCUAUUCCAAAACUAUGUAUUUUGUUGCUUAAUCUCAUUUGAAUAAACAUGAAGCAAGAGAUUGAUGGUGUU